AUGGACCCCAGUCAGCAGCCCCAACAGCGAGAGCUGGUCUUUUGUCAUCAAUGCGAGAACGAGUGGUACAGAGACGAGCACGGCAUAAUAUGUCCUGAAUGUCAGUCUGACUUCACCGAAAUCAUCGAGCAAGACCACGACCCGAGAGACGACGACGAUCACAUCCCCGCAGACCCUCAACACCCUGGUGGAAACCACGAAUGGUACGCACCAGACCCUGACGAAGACGACAUCGACAACUUCCAUUGGCACAACAAUGGGCCAGAUCAACCUCCUGGCGGUCGAUUCACAGGCACUGUCACGAGAAACAUCAGAAUAGGUGGUCCGAACGGGCAGAAUCCGAACAUGGGUGGAAUGGGAGGCGGCUUGAUGGAUCUGAUAGGGCCUGCACUGCAAGGUCUCUUGGGUGGCCAACAGCGCCCACAACAACCUCAAGGCGACGGUCAAGAGCGAGGUACGCCAGGAGCAGAUGGAGAUCAGCAGGGCCAACAGCCCUUUGGCAACGGAGGCACCUUCACACGCACUGGACAAGGACCAGGCUAUUCCUUCACCAUCACAACCUCUUCCAACGCCAACCUGCUACCACGCAAUGCCAACGGUCCUCAACCAAUGAACCCGCAACCCGACAACAUCGAGCGCAUGAUGGCACAGAUGUUCAUGAAUAUCGGCGCGAUGCCUGGACAGGGCAUGCGUGCGCAUCCUGGGGGGCCGAUGUUCAUGGGCGUUGGUGGUGGUGCAGGAGGUGCGGGGCCUGUGCCACUUGGCGAUCUCUUCCAGCUCCUGGGCAUGCCUCCAGGUGGCGUGCAUGGCGAUGCAGUCUACAGUCAGGAGGCGCUGGACCGCAUCAUCACCCAGCUCAUGGAGCAGCACCAGACUGGCAACGCGCCAGGACCAGCGACGGAAGAAGCAAUCGAAUCACUCCCAAAGAGGAAGAUCAGAGAGAAGGACGUGGGCGAGAGCGGUACUGCAGACUGCUCCAUCUGCAUGGACGAGGCACCCAUCGACAGCAUGGUGACUGUACUUCCCUGCGAUCACUGGUUCCAUCACGACUGCGUCAAGGCAUGGCUCAAAGAGCACGAUACCUGUCCUCAAUGUCGACAGGGCAUCAUGCCAAGGGAUCAGUCGGCGGAUACUAACCGGCCCCGAGAGCCAAGCCAAGCACCACUGCACGACAUGCACUCACCCGAGUACCACCGGCCAAGUGUACCUGGUGAGUACCCAUUCCCGCGGGCAGACUCGUCUGGUGUGGGUGGUAGCGGUGGUGGUGAUGGCAGUCGCACCAACCCAUUCAGAGUGUCCGAGUCGCCAGAGCGUCGUCGGCAAGGCGAGUCGAGCGGCGGUAUCUUCUCUCGCAUGCGCGAAGCAUUCAGCCCAAGCGGCAACCCGCCUUCCAACAACGGAGGCAACAUGAAUAACAACAACAACGACACGAGCGGUGGUCGAUGA